AUGACAUACAACUUACAAGCGCUUGUGAAUUUUUCUGUAGCUACAUACUUGGUAUACAGAGCUUACAAUAAUGACUGGUUGGGCUCAGUUAGAACUGACGAGCUUGUGAUCAUCUACCUGCUCUUUGUUUAUGUUGCUAUGGAAACCACAGAUAUAGGUUGCAAGACAAGUCAUACAGGCUCAGAAUACGAAGGAGGACAAUCAAUUAGCAAAGAAGGCAACCCUUGUUAUUCUUGGGCUGGCAGCUCCGUUGUGGACAUGUUAAGUUAUAGUGGAAUGUCAAUAGACAACAACGAAUGUAGGAACCCUUACAACUAUGAAGUUGCUCCAUUCUGUAGGACAUCUGAUCCAGAUGACCCUGAUGAAAUUUACCAGUUCUGCCAGGUUCCUUACUGUGCAAAUGUUAAAUUGGAGACAGAGAGUGGUGUUCCAUGUGUGUUUCCAUUCACUGCAGGAGGUCUCCAGCACUCCUCUUGCAUCAAGGACAACGACACAAAGUACUGGUGCUCUACUACCUCCAACUUUGACUUAGAUGGACAACAUGCUUAUUGUAAUGCUCCAAUAAUACUGACAACAAUUCCUACAACUUCAACUACAACAAUAGUUGACACAACAAUAACUACAGUUGAUACGACAAUAGCUGAUACAACUACAGUUGAUACGACAAUAAGUGAUGCAACAACAAUAAUUGACACAACAACAUUUGAUACAACAAUAGCUGCUACAACUACAGAUGAUACAACUAUAGCUGCUACAACUACAGAUGAUACAACAAUAGCUGCUACAACUACAGAUGAUACAACAAUAGCUGCUACAACUACAGAUGAUACAACAAUAGCUGCUACAACUACAGAUGAUACAACUAUAGCUGCUACAACUACAGAUGACACAACAAUAGCUGCUACAAUUACAGUUCAUACAAUAACUGAUGCAAGUACAAUAGAACAUACAACAAGUACAACUAAAGCUGAUGUAGUUGGCACAACUUCAGCAGUAGUUAACACAACAACUACAACUGAUGCAAAUAGUGUAACUAAGUUAACGUCAUUGAAAGAAUCAGAUACUGAAUCUUUCCAUACAAGCUCAAGUACUGUCCAAACAUCUACUGUUGAAAACAAUUCAAUAAAUCAAGAAAUAUCAACGAAUAACACUGUUACCAUUGUGUACAACGGAUCAGCAGUAAAUAUUACAAUUAAUUCAACAGAUAACGUAACUACUACUUCAGGCCAUGUUUAUGAUGCAAACAAGUACACUUCAACGACAACUGCAGUACCCAUAAUUCCCAUACUGAAUCUUACACACCAUCAAGUCGCAGUUGGAAUAUUAUUACCCAUAUUCGUUACUGUAUAUGGCAGUUGUUAUGUUAUUUACGGAUGUGACAAGCUUCACAAAUGCUUAAAAGUCACUGGACCAUAUAGACGUAUGAGGCGAUAUAUACGACAUAAAUAUCGACAUCGAAGAAAUAUCAAGACAAAUUCUAGAGUUAAAUUAUUUGAGCAACCUCCAGUGAGACUAAGCCAUUCUAACUCUCAGCGUGCAUCAGCUCCAACAGAUAUAAGCUGCAUUAUUACAGAAUUAUAA